AUGUGGAAACAGUCUUCUAUUCUCCUCCUUCUUCUAGUUGGAGCUUCUUGGGCGUUUGUUCCCGAUGAUCCAGAAUUUGCAUUCUACGGAUCGGAUGGUCCUGUGGAAGUUGCCAAGAGGUUCUUGGAUCGUAUCAAGAGAAGUGUUGAGUCGAGAGAUGUUGCUGUGAUCAGUGGACUCUUCAAUCCAGGAUUUGAGUUCAAGGGAUGCAAAGGAGAUUAUGAUAAGGCAAAAGUGGUCGGAAUCCUGAGCCAUCUCCCAGUUGGUACCCCAUUCUCCAUGACCCUUCAAUCCGCUGUCACCCUCGGAACCGAUCACAUCAGAUACUCGGUAUCUGUCUCUGGAUUUGGACCAUCUCCGAUCAUCGCUGAAUUUAUUCUGAACAUCCAUGACCAACAACUCCAAUGUGGAAAUGUUCCAGCUUGUCAGAGAAAGACAUUUGUUGGAAUUUUAUCCGGAUAUCAAGGAUUUGUUGGACAGGAAUCGCCGAUGGAAGUUGCCAAGAGGUUUUUGGAUCGUAUCAAGAGAAGUGUGGAUUCGAGAGAUGUUGCUGUGAUCAGUGGACUUUUCAAUCCGGGAUUUGAGUUCAAAGGAUGCAAAGGAAAUUAUAAUAAAGCAAAAGUGGUCGGAAUCUUGAGCCAUCUCCCAGCUGGUACUCCAUUCUCCAUGACCCUUCAUCAAUCCGCUGUCACCCUCGGAACCGAUCAAAUCAAGUACUCGGUGUCUGUCUCUGGGUUCGGACCAUCUCCAAUCAUCGCUGAAUUCAUUCUGAACAUCCACGACCAACAACUUCAUUCUGGAAGUAUUCCAGCUUGUCAACACUUGAUGGGAUUCUUCCGAAACUUCAUCGCAAGCACUCCAGAAGAACAAGUCAAGGCAUUCCUGGAUCGUUUUAAAGCUGCUAUAACAUCCAGAGACUCCGCAGCUCUUCUAGAUCUUUUCCAACCUGAUUGCGUAUUCAUCGGAUGCAAAGCAACCUAUGAUCGAGAACAAUCGGUUGCGAUGAUUAUGCAAAUCCCAGCGGAAGCUCAUCUGGCAUACACAUUCAAAUCAGUGCAAGACCUUGGAGAUUCAAUUAAGACAGUGGUGAUUGCAGAGGGAUUCAAAGCCACGAUUCAUGUCGAAUUCGAGUUUGUCCUGAGUAAGAAGGAUCAGAAAAUCGAGAAGGCUAGUAUGGCCUGCCCGAAAAGGCGUCGGCUCGUGGCGGAUUGGAUUGGCGAGAAGGGUUCCGUCGAUUAUGGGUUCUCUAGAGAGGUCAGAGCUCCACUGGGAGACGCUGAUGAAAUGGUUCACGACUUUUUGGAGAGAAUGACGAAGGCUACGGUUGAUAAGAAUUACGAUAUCAUUUCGAGCCUUUUUGAAGACGGAUUUGUGUUUAAAGGAUGUAGAGGAAAGUAUACAAAAGGUAAAUUUCAAAGAGUGAUGGAGUACGGUAGUCAAUUCAAAAGUUUUCCAGCACAAGUCACCAAAAUACUUUUGAAACUCAAAAAGGGAACUCCGUUCACUAUCAAUUUGAUGGAAGUCAACGACCAGGAUACCAAUGUCAAGUAUACUGUACAAAUCGUCGGAAUGGGAGCAAUGGACAUGCAAGCGGAAUUUGUUUUGAACAAGAAAACACAGAAAUUGGUGUCUGGAGGAAUCCCACUUUGUCAAGACAGCCAAUUAGAUUCCAACUCGAUCGUUGAGCAAUUUUUGGCAAUAAUGCAACCAGCUGUAGAUACAAGAGACGGCACAAAACUCGCCAGCCUUUUUGACGACGAAUUCAAGUUUAACACUUGUAAUGGAUACGAAGAUAAAGCCGCUGCUAUCGCCAAAAUAAUGAGUGCUCCAUCAAUGUUCAAAAUUUUGAUCAACUUCGUCUCUUCGAGAUUCCUGGCAAACGGACAAAUCGAAACGGUUGUGGAUAUCAUUUCGAUUAUGGGUAGACAGCACAGCCAAUUAGAUUCCAACUCUAUUGCUGAACAAUUUUUAACAAAAAUGAGACCGGUUGUGGGUGCAGGAGAUGUCACAAAGCUCGCCACUCUUUUUGACGAUGAAUUCAAGUUUUGGAUGUGCAAUGGUAAAACCGAAGGUAGAGCCGCCGUUAUCGAGGUAAUUGGCAAAAGCCCGAUCGCAGUCUCGCUCAAUUUAGUCUCGUCGAGAUUCCAGUCACGCGAACAUAUUUAUUUGACUGUGGAUAUUAGCGCUGGAUUUAUCGGUACUUGGCGUACUGUAUUUCUUCUGGAUUUGACCAAAAAUGUUCUUAUUGGUGGAAAACUUCUCACAUGUUGA